AUGGCAGACCCCGCGGCAGAGAUCACGAUGGGGGCGCUUAGCGCAAUUUUUGAUGACUCAAAACCCAAGAUCGCUGAGCCUGUAGUCCAAUGUGUUCAAGUUAAACCUUUGCCUCCUCAGCCAAACAGUCCUGAAAGGUUCAGAGCCGUUUUCAGUGACAUCACAAACUACGUACAGACAAUGCUUGCAACCCAAGCCAACCAUUAUGUUACGAGUGGGCAAUUAGUCCGUGGCUGCUUCGUUCGGUUGAAAUCAUUCCAAGCGAACAUGGUAAAAGGGAAAAGAAUCCUAAUCAUCCUUGAUCUCGAAGUGUUGGACAGACUGGGCAUAUGUGAGAAGAAGAUUGGUGAUCCUCAACCCCUUGACGCAAAGCAAGAAGAGCAAGACAAGACUAUCCCGACGACAAUUUCCAGCAAUGGGUUCUAUGGCUCCCGUGGGCCCCAACAGCCACCCCAACAACCACCCCAACAACCAGCGCAGCGAUCUGCGGCGGCAGCAACCGCCCAUGCUAAUAUAUAUCCCAUCGAAGCACUAUCCCCGUAUUCCCAUAAAUGGACGAUAAAGGCACGGUGUACGAACAAAUCGGCUAUCAAAACAUGGCACAAUAAGAAUGGAGAGGGCAAACUUUUUAGCGUUAACCUCUUGGAUGAUAGCGGCGAAAUUCGUGCUACCGCUUUCAAAGACCAGUGCGAUUCAUUGUAUGGCGUUUUUGAGGAAGGCUGUGUAUAUUACAUAUCAAGCCCGUGCCGUGUCCAAAUGGCCAAAAAAGCGUUCAAUAACCUCAAUAACGAAUAUGAACUUACCUUCGAAAAGGAUACAAUUGUUGAAAAAGCCGAAGAGCAAAACGAUGUUCCGCAAAUUCGAUUCAACUUCACCAAUAUUGCUAAUUUGCAAUCGGUAGAAGCAGGCACCACAAUCGAUGUGAUUGGAGUGUUGAAGGACGUUGGAGAACUCUCUCAGAUCCUGUCUAAGACAACUAGCAAGCCUUAUGACAAGCGUGAUCUUACGUUAGUUGACAACACAGGAUAUUCUGUUCGACUUACCGUAUGGGGAAAUAUCGCCAAAGAGUUUGAUUCGGUACCGGAAUCUGUGGUCGCUUUCAAGGGCGUGAAAGUCUCCGAUUUUAAUGGGAGGUCUCUUAGUUUGCUCAGUUCAGGGUCCAUGACAGUUGACCCCGAUAUUGAAGAUGCUCAUAAAUUAAAGGGCUGGUAUGACGCCCAAGGAAGGUCGGAAACCUUUGCGUCCCAUGACUCAAUGAACAAUGCUGCAGGGUUUGGUGACCGGGCUAGCUCCUUCAAAACCAUUGUGCAGGUUCACGAAGGCAAUUUGGGGAUGUCUGAAAAACCAGAUUAUUUCUCGGUGAAAGCCACCGUGGUUUAUGUCAAGCAAGACACCAUGGCCUACCCCGCUUGUCUCACUGACAAAUGCAACAAAAAAGUUCUUCAGGAUGAGAAUGGGCAGUGGCGAUGCGAGAGAUGCGACCAAUCAUUCCCUCAUCCAGAGUAUCGCUAUAUCCUGUCUGUGAACGUGUGCGAUCACACUGGUGCUUUGUGGCUCAGUUGCUUUGACGAAGUUGGAAAAAUUAUUCUAGGAACUUCUGCAAAUGAGCUUAUGGAGCUUAAGGAAAACGAUGAACGGGCCUACGAAGAGCUUGUCCAGAGAGCCAACUGUCGUGCUUGGAAUUUCAAUUGCAGGGCCAAAAUGGAUAACUUCCAGGAUCAGCAACGUGUUCGAUACCAAGUAUCGUCCGUUAGCGCUAUCGAUUACAGUGUGGAAUCAGCUCGCCUUGCAGAGCUGAUCAAGGCUUACGAGCUCAGCUAAAGGAUUGCGUGGAAUACCCCCUGAGGAUAUAUGUUUCCUUGUACAUAAUAUGUGUUUCUGCCUCGUUCUCAUAACUUCAUAAACGAUAUCGCGAAAUAUCACA